UCUGACCAAACCUGGAAUAUAACACAGUGAAUGAACAGUUUCUCGGACAGCAGGACCUGCCCACAGUCCUUCAGUAGACCGAACCACACCUUGUUAAUGUGAUCUUCCACAUGGGGGCUUCCGGAUGUGCUUUGCCAAUCACAAGCUGACGGCAUACCUCGGUGGGCUAAGGAUACGAUGUCCGAGAUUUAAAAAAGCCAACGUUGGGGUUACGAAAUACAGAGAGGAGACAAAGACAGAGAUCGCGAAAAGAAAGGAAAGGAAGAGAUAGAAAAAGAAAAAAAGAGAUGCCGAUCUGGAUGAAAAAAUGGACCAAGAGUUUGGAAGAGAGCACGAAAUCCCAGUUUGAGUUGCUACACAGGGAGGUGAAGCUGAUUGGUGACAAAACCAUCAGUCCGACACCAUAACCAACAUGGGGACAAGACUGAAAGAAAUGGAGAAGGAGAUACUGAAGAUGAGGGCACGGAGUGAAGAUCUCGAGGCACGAUCUCGAUGCAACAACAUACGUGUACAGCACUCGGAGCAAGACAAGACAGGAACGGAGUUCCACCGAGAGCAUUCGUAAUGAGAUGUCAUUACUGCACAGAGAAAGAGGAGAUACUGAGGAGGGUGAGGGAAAUGGAGAGAACACUCGAGGGUCGGAGCGGGCGGAUUCAAAUCUUCCCGGACUUCACCCAGGAAGUAAACAGUAAGAGAGCAGCCUUCAGAGAAGCAAGAAGCCUCCUGCGGACCUGCACGGGGGUCAGAUACGGGCUGCAUUACCCGGCAACGCUGAUCCCCUCCUUUCAUAGGGGCGCAAUGGUGACAUCAGGCUACGGUCUCCUGACAUGGCACCAACCAUGGAUCCGAGCAGAAUGGACACAGAACUGAUGAGCUGGAAUGUAAGCCAGCUAAACGGAUGAAGUACCUGCUGAGGGCCGCCAGAGGGUGCUGCUGGCCUGCACGUCUCAUUCUGUCAACAAGCAGGAAAUAAACUUUGGGGGGGGACAAGCCGAGACUGGCAGGUCAGGGAGGGGCGGGGCCACAGAGAGAGAGAGAAGAACCUGUUUCUGUAGUUUGGACUCGCCCCUUCAGGAACAGAAGAGACAAAAACCCACAGAGAGCAAGAUGGUUGGAUCUGACUUUCACUGCCGGGGGCUGUUCAGGUGUGACCUUUGACCCUUCAGCAUCACCUGCCCAUCUAACAGAAGGGGGUGGGCCUGAGGCUGUCACCAUGGCAACAGUGUCCCUGCUCGGCAGAGGUCUGGGUCUGGUCCUGGUGGAGUUUCAAUAUGAGUACCAGGGUCGGGAUGGGGCGCUGGUCUCCAUCAAACCCAAUGAGCGUUACGUCCUUCUGGCUAAAACCAAUGACCACUGGUGGCAGGUCCGGAGGGACCAGAGCUCUAAGCCCUUCUACAUCCCUGCCAAGUAUGUCAAGGAGCUGCCACUGGACUUACCAUCUCCUCUGGACUUUGCAGAUGUGCCUAGUCCAGUGCAGCUUCCUGUAGCAGCACCAGUCCCGGUCCCUGUCCCUGUUCCAAAGACCUUGGAGGAGCCCAGUGGGACCAAAACCAAACCGGGGGACGAGGUGACAAUCCGGCUCAGACCUGAUGCUUCCACCGGAUACCGCAAGCCUGAGAACCGCAUGUCCACGUUCGGUGUCCCGCUGGACUUCCAUGAACUGAUGCCGACCCCACGCAAUCCUCAUGCUGAUCUCACAGAAGCCGGGACCACAACCACCGGUGGGAUUAAGGAUAUGGAGGACGAUGCUCCAAGCAAAAAGCCCGGGUUCGUGGAGGACCACAGGGACUCUGCCAAACACAGAGUUCCCAGUUUCAGUCCAGCAGACCCUGUCUCCACACCCCGGCCCCAGACCCAGCCCAUCCCUGUGGAUACGCCAACGGUCCCCAUAGUGGCCCCCCACAACGACCUCCACAGCACAACCUUAUUAUCCACAGGUCACCAUGACAAUGAGGAGUCACCGAUAGAGCUGGAGGAGGAGGAAGAGGAGGAGAUGAGCGUUGAAGAGAGUGUCAGCACAGAGGAUUCACUGAAGGAGGAAGAUUCAACCCACAUCUAUGAGUCCAUCCAGGACCUGAACCUGGACCUGGAGGCUCUGGUUGGAGGAAGAGUGAGUCCUGAAGCGCUGCCUGAACCUGCACCAGCACCGCCCCCCUCACAGGACCACAGCUCGCUUGACCCUCGCUCGCCCAUAUACGCUAACGUCUCCAGUCUAAGGAAGACAUCUCUCCCACAGAUCUCCAUCUCAGGCCCCGCCCUCCCAUUGUUGCCUCCUCCUGACCACGCCCCCUCAGUUCCUGACGCCACCCCCUCCUCUUCAGUCUCUUCCUCCGCCAUGAUAAGCCCCGCCUCCCCCCUCAGCCCACAGGACGGAUGGCAGGUGCACACUGACCAGGACAGCGGGAAGAGGUUUUAUUUCCACCCUCUAACCAGACAGACCACCUGGUCUGACCCACACGGCCCUCCACCCCCGCCUGUCCGAGACAUGGACCAGUCCAGCUCCAGGGGGAGCGACGGAGGACAGCUGACCUCCCCCACCCCGCUGUUCUCCCCCACUUCCUCUCAGGGUUCUUGUGGUUGGGAGCAGCUGGUAGACGAGGUGUCAGGGAGGUUUUACUACUAUAACCCCACGUCUGGAGCCACGUCAUGGUCCGCACCAGAGCCACUCUCCCCCUCCUCACCCUCCUCACCCUCCUCCCCUCCAGGAUCUACAGCCAACAGGAGGCACAAUGACGGCCCGCCGCCGCUGCCAGAGGAAGAUUAUCCUGUAGACGAGCAGCACAACAGUGACGCUGUGUUCACAACGAAUCCUCAGCAGCAUGUGAGUCUAAUUCCCAGAGCUCAGCUGGACCUGAAAGAUGGAAAUAGCUCCCAGAGGCUGCAGGAGCUCCCACCUUUGCCUCAAUGGAUGAUGGGUAACGGAGUUCCUGAGGAGGGAACAAGUCUGCAGGUCAAAAACUGGAGACACAGCGUGGCCGAAGAUACAUUUGCUCCCAGCCACAGGAGGAACGUCUCCGACUUCACUGAUGUCUCUAGCAGAAGACACUCCCCCGAUGGUCCACAGCUCUCUGAUAGGCACAGACUGAAGAGGAAUCUGUCCAAUCGGAGCACAGGCUCCCAUCAGUUGCAUUGCCAUCUUCUGGAGAAAGCAGGAGUCAUCAACAAGACCAAAGUAGCCGAUAAUGGCAAAAAGAUCAGGAAGAACUGGAGUCAGUCGUGGACGGUCCUCCAUGGUGGGAUCCUCACGUUCCACAAAGACCCCAAAUCUGCUCCCACUGGGAACACUAGUAAAUCGUCACAGAUUGUUCCUGAGUACACGGUGGAGCUGAGAGGAGCCUCUGUGUGUUGGGCCUCCAAAGACAAGUCAUCCAAGAAGAAUGUCCUGGAGCUGAAGACUCGACAGGGCUGCGAGUAUCUGAUGCAGUACGACACCGAGAGCAUCAUCAGUGAUUGGCUGAAAGUCAUGCAGGACACGAUCAGACAGCUGGAACAGGAUCAUCUGUCAGAGGACGAGGACGAAGCUGCUUCAGACAAAGAGGACAAAGACAAGAAGAGGACAUCGACCAGGACUUCAUCGGGAACGUCCGACUCUGAGCAGAGACGCGUCCGGACCAAACUACGACGUUUCCUCCAGCGGAGGCCGACACUGCAGAGCGUCAAAGAGAGAGGCUACAUCAGAGAUAACGUGUUUGGCUGUCACCUGGAUACACUGUGUCACCGAGAAAACAACACCGUGCCCAAGUUUGUGGAGAAAUGUAUCAGAGCGGUGGAGAGGAGAGGUCUGGAUGUGGAUGGGAUCUAUAGAGUGAGUGGAAACCUGGCUGUGAUCCAGAAACUACGACACAAAGCUGAUCAUGAGGAGCAGCUGGACCUGGAGGAUGGACAGUGGGAGGAGAUCCAUGUGAUCACUGGAGCUCUGAAGCUUUUUCUGCGGGAGCUUCCAGAGCCGCUGUUUCCCUUCAGCUGCUUCGAGAAGUUCAUCGCUGCCAUUCAGGUCCCAGACUACAGCCUGAGAGUGUCCUACAUGAAGGACCUGGUUCGAUCUCUGCCUUUGCCGAACCACGACACCAUGGAGCUGCUGUUUAAACACCUGAGGAAGGUCGUCGAGCACAAGGAGUCCAACAGGAUGUCGGUUCAAAGUAUUGCCAUCGUGUUCGGUCCCACGUUGCUUCGCCCCCAGACUGAGUCAGCCAAUAUGACGAUUCAUAUGGUGUUCCAGAGCCAGAUAGUGGAACUCGUGCUCAAUGAGUUUCAGACGGUGUUCUCCCAGAGUUAGGGGAAAUCUCCUGGAGCUCUUCUGGGAUCUUGCAGUAUCCUCUGAUGGCCUCCUAGAAGAGUCCCAAACAUCAUGAGACCUGCCAAAAAUCUCCCAAAGUGUCAGGGAAGCGUCUUGAACUUUGGACCUAAAAAUCACCUCUUCUUGACCCAAGUUUACCAGGAAUUAAACUUAUCUGCCUCUUUUUAAACCACUGUGCAUUACAUGACCCAAGAAGAACUUGAGUGGAACCACACAGAACUGUGGAUUGGUUUUGAAACCUUUGACAGCAGCUUUACUCCUCAGACUGGGCACCUUAAAAACCACAAAAAACUUUGAGCAAGAACUCUUCUAGAUGUUCCAGAUCCUCCUAGAACCUUGUAGAUAUCUGGAACAGAAUAUCAUCUCUCGAACCACUGUACCUGAAAUCAUCCCACUUGAACCCUAGUGGAACUAACUACAACCUUGGACUAGUUUCAAAAAAUUGAAGCCACAAUAAGUUUUAGAUCUUUAAAGAAACUUGUAGAUCUCUGCACCUGAACCCAGACUGAUUCUGAGACUUGAACCAGCGGCUUCACGUCUGUUUUAAGGUAACAAACCAAAUUAACUGAGCACCUUAAAAAUCAACAAAUUUCUCUUUAAGAAAAACUUCCCCUGUUCCAGAUUCAUCCAGAACCUCCGAAAACUCCUGACCUGAACAUCAUCUGCUCCUUUUUUCAAAUUCUGUGGAGACUUCAGUUUAUUGGGGUUGGACCUGGAACCUGUUGAGUUCAUAAUGCUCUGACCAUUAAACCACCAAGCCUUAAAUAACAGUUAUACCCUGAAUGAAACCAUCUGAAACUCUGGACUUCCUCUAAAACCAGCACCUUCACAUUGCUUUCAAUGUGGCAGACCAAACAAAACACACCCAACUUACCAGAAUAAAACCCUGAAUCCAAUAUCUAACUUUGAACAGAAACACCUAAACAAAUUUUCAAUGUCCCACUUAUGUGGAACCUCAAGAUCACAUAAAGUGUCUCAAUCAUGAGCAUCAGUCCACAGGGAUUGUGACAUGAACGUUAGAGACACCAUGCUGUUCAAAGGUCUCUCACGAGCUGAGCUGAGUAACGACUUAUCCCCAAAGACAAAAUAUUUGUAUACCUUCCAUGGAAAUGCAGAAACAUCUGGGCUUACCUAUCCUGAACCAGAACCAGUUUUCAGAUCAGUUAUCAAACUCAUUAACUCUCAGCUAAAAUCUGUGCCUGAGAAUAUCCAAAAUAUCCUGAUGGACUCUGAAGAAAUCACUCAGCUGAGCGUGAGUUUGUCGUCCCGUGUGAACAGACUGAAGUGAACGUAGGGUUUAAGGUGCAAACUCUUGUUGGCUUCUUUUUUGUUGUCAUGUUGUGACAGUGUUUGAGAACUGACUUACAGCACACAGAAAAAUAAUGGUUCCUAAAAGGUUCUUCAAAGGGUCUCUGGUUUUACAAGGAGCCCCGAGCAUUUGAAGAACCUCUUUAUGUAUGACAUGGUUCUUCACAAAUGUUCUGUGAAGGUUCUUCAUCUUUGAUGGACUUAUGUGGUGGUGGGUAAUUACAAAAAAUAAUUUUCAUUUUUGAUUCAGAUUGCAGAUUAUUUUCUCAGUGAAAUAUUAGACAUGUUGAAAUCUGUUGUUCUGUCAGUGUUUAAUGUUAUAUAAUGAACCUCUUCAUAAAGGUUUCUUCGUGGGACUAAAAAUGGUUCCUCUAUUUCUGGUUUCAGAUGGCACCUUUACUUUUCUGAGUGUGCAGACAUCAACAGAUCUGAAGCUUCAGUUUUACAUGAACACACACCUGUGUGAUACUAAAUGUCUUCUUAUGUGUUCGUAUGUCCACAAUAAAACAACCAAAGUCUACGGUGCAUUCCCUGGAAAGAUUUGCACAGAUGUUCUGAGUCAGUAUAAGAUGAUACCAAGUAAAUGAACAACACCUUUGUCGUAUUAAACACUGGAUCUUUACUCCUGUUCAGACCGAAGCCAUGGAGCCAAGUUCGAAUUUAACUUGUCGUCACAGAGAGAAAAUUAUUGUCUUUGUGCUAAGCUAGGCUAACCACAUCCUGUCCUGAUGAUUUACAGAAAUCUGAAAAUGCUUCAAUCUGAAAUAAAAUUAAACAGACGUUUAGAAGACCCGGGAUGUUCCCUUGAGGGACUCCAUGAUUUAUAGAAAUGUUUUGUAAAGGAUGAAUUUCACAGGAACAUUUUUACUGUCGUCAUUUGUGUCCUGCUGUAAAAGAUAAAUUCUACCAAUGAUGAUCUGUACAAUGCUGUAUGUUUUUAUAGUAUUGACUUUAUAUGUACUGCAGUUUAGAACAAAGUUAUCAUGGAAGAUGAACAGAUUAAACUGUACAUAAGAGGGUAUUUUAAUGACCUGUAGUAUAAAUAAAACUCAUCAGUA